AAUAUUGAUAAGGUGAGCGUCGGCGUAGCCCUCCUUCCAUUGAAUGAGGCUGUGUCGCGUGGCCCGGCGUCGGCGUGACGGUUGGACGCGGGUGCGGCACUGCGGGUCCCGAUUGCUGCAGCCGCUUGUCAGUGUGAUGAAGAUUGGCACCCAGGCCUGUGAUACCUGAGAUGUCAGUUGAUUUCGAUCCAAAGAGAGGGUUAAACAGGGAUAGAACAGCAAUCAGCAAAAAGAGCAGCAAACAACAUAAAUUACCAGCAUGGUGAUGAUAAUGCUUCGAUUGGGAUCUUUGGAGAUGAAGCAGGGAGCACAAAAAUCCACGGAAGGUUUCCUGCAUUUGCAUUUGAAAGAUUCUGCCCAGCCUGAAGCUUCUCAUCAGGAGUUCUUCAAAGUCUUCUGUUCUGCUAACAAUCCAUUUUUUUACCUUGUAGGAUUAGCUCUGUUUUAAAGGAAUACAGUUGCUUUUGAAUUAAGAUGAUUUGAUGCCUUAUAAUAAAAGCUUCAUUAACCAUGAUGGCUACACAGACAUUAAAUAUAGACAGCUAUCAAGAUGGUCAACAAAUGCAAGUAGUAACAGAGUUUAAAACUGAGCGGGAGCCAAACUGUUCUGACCCUGAUGCAGAAGGAGUAAGCCCUGCUCCUGUGGAGUCCCAGACACCAAUGGAUGCGGAUAAGCAGGCCAUUUAUAGACAUCCACUCUUCCCAUUAUUAGCAUUGUUGUUUGAAAAAUGUGAACAAUCUACACAAGGCUCAGAGGGUACAACUUCUGCCAGUUUUGAUGUAGAUAUUGAAAAUUUUGUUAGGAAGCAAGAAAAGGAAGGAAAGCCUUUUUUUUGUGAAGAUCCAGAAACUGAUAAUUUGAUGGUAAAAGCAAUACAGGUUCUACGCAUACAUUUACUCGAGCUCGAAAAGGUUAAUGAACUCUGUAAAGAUUUCUGCAGUCGCUAUAUUGCUUGUCUAAAAACUAAAAUGAACAGUGAAACUCUGUUGAGUGGAGAACCAGGAAGCCCUUAUUCCCCUGUGCAACCUCAGCAAAUUCAAAGUGCCAUCACAGGUACACUCAGUCCCCAGGGGAUAGUGGUGCCAGCAUCAGCAUUGCAACAAGGAAAUGUAACCAUGGCAACAGUGGCAGGUGGCACAGUAUAUCAGCCUGUUACAGUGGUCACUCCACAAGGUCAAGUUGUUACACAGGCAUUGUCACCUGGAACCAUUAGGAUCCAAAAUUCACAGCUUCAGUUACAGUUAAACCAAGAUCUCAGCAUCUUGCAUCAAGAAGAUGGCUCAUCUAAGAAUAAAAGAGGAGUUUUGCCAAAACAUGCUACAAAUGUUAUGAGAUCUUGGCUCUUUCAGCAUAUAGGGCAUCCCUAUCCAACAGAAGAUGAGAAAAAGCAGAUUGCAGCUCAGACCAACCUGACACUACUCCAAGUUAAUAAUUGGUUUAUCAAUGCCAGAAGACGAAUUCUCCAGCCAAUGUUGGAUUCCAGUUGUUCAGAAACUCCAAAAACAAAGAAAAAAACAGCUCAGAAUAGACCAGUUCAAAGAUUCUGGCCCGACUCUAUUGCAUCAGGGGUUGCUCAGCAACCACCUAAUGAACUCACUAUGUCAGAAGGAGCUGUUGUGACCAUUACUGCACCAGUUAAUAUGAAUGUGGACAGCCUCCAAUCUCUGUCAUCUGAUGGCGCUACAUUAGCAGUGCAGCAAGUCAUGAUGGGAGGACAGAGUGAGGAUGAAUCUGUGGAUAGCACUGAAGAUGAUGGAGGAGAACUCACAGCAACAAAUAUUAGUGGCCUGGUAUUGGAUAACAGUGAUUCUCUGCAGUAGGAAGCAAGAGAAUGUGACCAUAGUUAGGAAAAAAAAUGGACUUCACUGAUUUUUUAUAGUUUGCACAGCAAACAUUUUACACAAGUUUUAUUUCUAAUGUUUUAUAUGUAGAUAUAGAAGGGUGCACUUUUUGUAUUUCAUAGUAAGCUUAAACAGUCUUUGCAGGUACAGCAACUUCUUUCAAAUGUGUGUGUGGGUUUUUUUUUGUUUUGGGGGUUUUUGAAUUUUUCUUUAAAGGUUUAACUCUAAUAUAAUGAAUGACAAACAUCCCUUGAGUCCCUUUAUUAUAUCAAUGGAAAGUGCUACCAUUUUCUAAAUAAUUAUGAUGUUUGAAUUUUUCUUUGUACUUUAAAGCAGAUUCUCAGUGGGCUAAUUUAAAUCUAUAGCCAGUGAAAUUGGAUUAUUAUAUCAGGCCCAUCUAUUUAGAAGAAGCUUUUGCACCUUAAAACUGCCAGUAUGAGGUGAACAGCAACACACCAAUAUAAAAGAAGUACGAUUAAGUUGUGAUUAUAUGGCAUUUUAAAAUAAGCUUAAUUUUCUCAUUCAGAGAGCCUGUUUCAUUUGUUAUUUUAAAAAAAGAAAAAACCUCCUAUUUUUACUUUGCUGGAAUUACUGGAUAAAAACUAUUUUUAUAAAUUGAUUACUAAUUGGGAUUAUGAUUAUAUUGGACAUAAUUUCUAGAGAACAAUACAUAUUUAGUAUUUCAAAAUGGAAGUUUGUAAAAUGACCAAAUUUAAUGAACAUGCUGAAAGUUAGUAUUCCAUGGUUCUCAGAAUAUAUCUCAGAGCUAUCCCAGAAUAAUAAUUUACAUUUAGUAAUGAGGUAAGAAACAGCAGCUAUUUAAUGAAAUUUUUAAUGUCUUCAAAUACUACUUUAUAUGUUAUGGCCAGAUUCAUUUCACACUUGAUCUAAACUUUAUAUCUACAGGUAUUUGCUAAAUAUAUAUUUAAGUACAUUAAGUGAAAAUGGUACCCAGUAAUAGGUCAUAAACAACUCAAUGUCCAUAUUUUUUCUCAUUUAAAUAUUUUUAUUAGUUUUCUACCACAUUAACUAUGUUGUUGCUUUGGAGUUAAAAAAAAAACAGUGCUAUGUAAAAUACGUGACAUUCUCUUCAGAUAGUUCAGGACACUAGGAUAGAUAGCAAACAAUCUCCUGCAAGUGAUUUUGAAGUAUUCAUGAACUAGUGAUACAAAUUAAUUUCAUUGUAAUUAUGGUUUGAUUACAUAUUUUCCUUCCAGUCAUCUUUGCUCUUCGGUGGUUGUUCUUGUGCAGUUGUUUGGUUUUGAUCCUGAAAGUCAAUAUUUCUUCAUUAUAUACGGUUUUAAGCAUGA